ACAGGGCAGUAACAUAAGCUACUUCAACCAUAUAGACAGAAUGCCCGAAUCACCCAAUUUUUCUUCAAACCCUCCCCUUUUCCUCGAGAGUGGGGAUUUUGGAGAGAAUAGUUCCAAGACUUUUAUCUAAUUCUUUUAGAACACGCAGAAAGCAAGCAGUCGAUUAUUAUUACAACUGUUCCUGUUAUAGUGAGUGUUUUGAUCAGUUAAUCAGUCAGAACGAUGGAAUUCAGGAGUGCUGAGAUAGAGCUCAUUGACAUCAAGAGAAUGCAGAGGCUUCGGGAAGCAGCCUUAGAAGGGAGUAUAAAUUCCUUGCACGAAUUGCUCCGGCAGGACGAGCUCAUUCUUCAUAGAGCCAGCGUGGUUUGUGCCGCCGAGACUGCUCUGCACAUAGCAUCUGUGCUCGGCCACCUCGAUUUUGCUAGAGAGCUUCUCCGCUGCAAGCCUGAUCUCGCUACCCAACCUGACAUACGACGGCGACAAACACCCCUUCACUUGGCCUCCGCAAAUGGGCAUCUUCACCUGGUACGAGAGCUGCUCUUCAUCAACCCAGAUGUUUGUCUUGCUCAAGAUCGGGAUGGCAACACCCCUCUCCAUCUAGCAGCAGUCCAAGGCCAAGUGGAGGUGGUAAAAGAGCUACUUCGGCUAAGACCCCAAGCGACCCGAGCCCUUGUGGAUUGUCGGCAGACUAUUCURMACCUCUGCGUGAAACAUGACCGCUUAGAGGCGCUUAAGCUGCUGGUGAAUUCAACUGGUGAUCACGAAUUUGUGAACUCCAAAGAUGAUGAUGGCAACACAAUCCUGCAUCUUGCAGCAGCUGAUCGGCAGAUUGAUACCAUUAGAUAUCUGCUUAGCGAAACCGCAAUUAAAGUAAACGUUUUGAAUGUCAACUCCUUCACGGCGUUGGAUGUUCUGACAAGAAGUCCAAGAGACAUGAGAGACAUGGAGAUAGAGGAGGUUCUUCGAGGUUCCGGAGCUUUAAGAGCUAGGGAAAUCCCGCAGAAGCAAUUGCAAUCAAGAAAGAUUUGUGGCUUCACGAGGGUGUUGGAUGAAUCGGAUUGCCAAAGCCUGGUGUGCAAGGAACGAGGGAUCAAAUUAUCUGGAGCCUUAGCCGCUGCUGGAUUGAUUGCCGCACAUUCAUCUAAAGACCUCCUCAAUCACCACCCGGAGAAGUACGCUGUUGUUACUCUUAUUGACUGCCGAAGCCUUUUGGACCCAGUUCUCCAUAGCUGUCAUCUUGGUAAGCUCUUCUGA